AUGCCUUCGGCGCCUGCGCCACCGGCACCUCUUCCAACUCAGACUUUACCGGUUCCUGUGGUAUUACACGCACAGGGGGAUGCCAUUCAACCUCAGGCAUGGACAAGCAAGCUGCAGGUGCUCGCCAAGCGGGAGCAUAGAAUUGAUCACGAGCUAUUCUAUGACGACUCUGAUCAGUUAUCUCUGCCGGGGAUGAGCCCUCAUGCCUCGAUGACACAGUCCAUUUCUGAAACGACGGGCUUGCCGAGCCCCUCGGAUGCAACCGAGCGAACCACACGCCCAGCGCCGCCUGCGGCACCCCGUCCUCCUGAAAUGUCGGAAGCAUUGAACGCACAGCUUCUAGAUACAUCGGCCUCCGUGUCCUUGCCGUUGCCCGCCGCCAACACGUCGGACUUAGCUUCGAGUGUGUCUGGCACGCCGGAACUCUCCACGGAUAAGAGCGAGGACGGCCAAUUUCUAACGCAAGGUGCUUCUGAUGCUGGCACGUUUGAACUGGAUCAUUCGUCGGUAUCGAUCACCGAGUCCCCAUCGACUUCGCGUGCGCGGAGCUCGUCGCCCGUUGCGGCGCACACAAAAAGCCUACCCCCACCUGAUUCUCUGGCAUCGGCUACCGCCAACGACCGCAGUGCGCGCCUGCCAACGUCGCCCCCUCGCCGCUCCCCCCCUUCAUCCCGUAUGCCGGCCACUACGCCUCUGCAUCCGCCAGCGCCAGGUCGCAUGUCAUUCGCUGCAGCUCCCGUGCGGGCACCCUCUUCGUCCAUGUCGGACUCUAGGCGCUCGAAAUCGUCUGAGAGAAUUGACACGCCCUCCUUGGACCUGUCGGGUGUGUCAACACAGGCCGAUAACAACCACGGCCCAACCAUGCCUCCGUCGUCGCUGAACGCAUCACGCGCCUCCAUGAAAGAGGCGGAAAUUUCUACGAACCCGCUUCUUGCGCCGCCCGAGUCGGACGCGUCUGCGUCCGGUACGCAUGCGCACGUUGAUCCCCAUCGGCUCGUUCUAUACCAGCACAAGGUGAACGUGCGACUGACGCAGGAGAAUGAAAUGCUAAAGGCGCAAUGUGAGGCGCUUAUGCAGGUCAUUGAGCGGCACAAUAUGCCUCUCGACGAUCGAGAUGCCUCGUCCUCUGCGGCAUCAAGAGGUCUCGAGAAGUCCGCAGAGAUACAGGCGCUCCAAAGCCGCAUUGUCAGCCUGGAAACGUUAGUCUCAGAACAGCGUGCCCAGCUAGAGCAAACCCCGGAGGCAUCCACCACGGAGCCCAUCGAACCCAGCGUGCUGAGCCGUACCACUGAUACCCUGCAGACCCAGCACGAGCAGCUCCUAUCCCGUGUGAAGAAAGCCGUCGCUCGGGGCGACGAGGCGACCUUGGCUGGCCUCGUGGAGCCACUGCGGGCGGCGCUGAACCAGGCGCACGGCGUAAUCAACUCGAUGCGUGACUUGGCUACGAACCACCCUGUAUCGCCGCCGUCGCGAUGCCGUGAAUCGGUGUCCAGCGAGAGGUCAUGGCGUCACUCGACACCGAGUCACGGUCAGGCCAUCGAUGCUUUGCGGCAGUCAGUGGCCUCGCUGUCGAUGGAUGGCGGCUCGCGUAUCGCCACUGAUAUGGAGGCGCUGCAGCAGACGGUGCGCACCCUCACGGCCGAGCUGCACUCGGCGCGCACGCAACUCGACACGGCGCUGAGCAAGACGACUGACGCGAAUGCGAGCAAGUUGCGUAUUGAAGCGCGACUCGCGGCCACGGCCGAGGAGCUCGCCCAGGCACGCAGUCAUCUGGCUGACCGCUCCGCCCAGCUGCAUGGACUACGUGAGCAGCGCGGCGACACUACUGCGACGCGCGCCGAGCUUCAGCGCCUGGAGCGCGAGUUGGUCCAUGCGCGCGAACAGGUGACGGCCGCAGAGGCGCAGCACGAGCAGACGCAACAGCAGCAGGUGCUAUUGGAGGAGCAGCUACGCCUUGCGGACGAGCGGGCGCAUCGCGCCCUUCGGGACGCAGACGCAGCGCGGCGCGCGCAGUCGGAGUGUGAGGCGCACAUUGACGAGCAGUUAUCGCAACUUGCAUCGCUGCGGCAUGUGCUGGCCGACCAGGAGACGGAGCUCGGCCAGCUGCGCGGCGAUAAGGACCACCUCUGGAUGGAGCGGCGCCAGAUCAUGGAGCAGCUCGGUGUGUUUGAGCAGCACCUGCGGGACGUGCGCAGUGAAACUGACCAGUAUGGCUCGGAUCUGCGCAAACUGCAGCAGGAAAAGCAGGCGAUGCUCGCUGAGGCGGCACAGUGGCGCGAGAGGGAGAGCCAGACUGGCGACCGCAUCCGCGAGCAGGUUGCGCUCGCCCUACGCGAUCUGGCGCCGCGCCUCCGCGCGCUGGAGGACGAGGCAUUUCGCAGCGAGGAACACCGCCGCGCUCUGGCGUUCCAGAAGUUGUACCUCGCGCGUACCUUGCGCCACCAAGAGUGGCUAUUUGAGCGCUUGCGUACCGAGCUGGCGGCACUCGCACCGGUACUGCGCCCGUAUGGCGGGGGCCCGGAGGCGCCGCGCCGUGUGCGCCGCUGGCGCGUCGUGCUCCGGGCCGUACAGUUUGCGGUGCGUGUGCAGAUAGUCCAUCCCCUGUAUGUAAAGUAG